GAGGCCGUUGUGACCCAAAGGUCACGAAUGCCACAGAUCGGUCUGCUUUUUGUUCGAAAAUCAUCACUCAAGCCAAAAUAUUAUCUCAUAUUGUUGGAUUUUUCUUCUACAGAUUCCUAUAUAAAUAUUUUGGUGGCUGCUAGCAAAGGAGGAAGUGAUAUCCCACAAUGCCCUCUGCAGGAGCAGUCUGUGUUCCGACUAUAACCCCCCUGAGGGUGCCGUUCACUGGGCAGGCAAGCAGUCAGAUCGAUACCAACACCCUUAUUGAGAUCAAAUCAGCAACUCGCAAUGCAAGUGUGUACUUCAGUACUAACGGUAGUAAACCAGACCCUUUUGUCCGUAAGGACAAGAACACGAUCAAAUAUAAAGGACCAUUCCUUCUGAAUCCUGGCAAGAGGACCAUCAAAGCUAUAGCAGUGUCAGGUGAUGGACAACGUGAGAGCCAUGUAAACAGUAAGACGUUCAUCGUUGACUGGGUUUCCCCUGACAACGACGAGAAUCAGGAAGAUGACGAUCAGAGUUUUAUCAUGGACUCUAGGCGCCCUCAGAGAUCACUUCACAAUUCUUUGAACAAUUCUGGUCCUCUAGAGACGAUUCAGACCAACGGCAGUAUGGCACUGGCAAGGUCAUCUAUGCCAAUGCAGAAUAGCAUGCCACACAAUGGAUGGGUUGGUCCAACUCCGCAGCCACAGACAACCCUCAACCAGAACCCAGACUACUUAUUCCACUAUCACAUGCAUCAGACGAGCCCUCGUCAGAACUCGUUGCGUCAGUCUGUAGGAUCAGGUCCUGCCAUGGUUCAGCCUCCUGUGGUUGUUGAUGCCAUGUCUGGCUACAACAACCAAGACGCCUGGCGCCCUCUCAGCGUGCCCCUCCCAGCAGUCCUCAACCAGUCAAUUUCAACCCAGACCGUCGGCCUCUUCUACCCCACCCACGAACAGGCCACUCGCUCAGCCCAGGACGUGGAAGCUGUCCGCCAGGUCAGGGAACAGAUCUCCACCGGAACAGGAACGGGCCACGCCCAGGAGAAGCCGCGACUGACGGACAUCAGUCCCGGGAAGGGCUACUGGAAGCGGCAGAUCGCGCACAUCGCUGCUCACCUGGAAGCGUUUUCGCAGAAGGAUGCGGAGUUCAGAGCAGGUGUUGGAAAACCCAAAAUGGGGAAGAUCACAUAUGCCAGUGUAGAGGACGAUGGAGUGGACGUCACAUUGACCAUUAGUCUUGAGUCCAGGGGGUCAAACCCACCGGUCAGAGGAAACAGGGCGCAAGUUGCGAGACAAGAUGCUAUCAAUGCAAAGAGCAAGAAUGAAUCUGACUCACCGUAUGGAGCGACAACCAGGAAGAAGAAACCGUUGACAAAGAGACUUGCAGCCAAGAAAAAAGUUGAAGAGGAUAGACUGACACCUGAGGAGAAGCAAUUGAUUAGAGAGCUAGGACCAAGGGGAGAUGGCAAUACUGACGUUGUGCAAGACAUGUUGGAUGAGGGUGCUGAUCCUAACUGUGAAACCAAGGAUGGUAUACCUGCUAUCGUGUAUGCUUCUAUGAACAAUCAGGUUGAGAGUAUACCGGUACUAGCAGAUGCGGGAGCAGAGAUGAAUAGAAAGACACCGGCUAGGAAAGGCAACACCGCCCUCCACGAAGCCGUCCUCCUCGGGCCAGACGGCCAGGAGGCGAUCGAAGCCCUCCUCGACUCUGGAGCCAACCCCAAGGUCCAGAAUAACAAGGGUGACACGCCCUACGACCUGGCCGUCGGCAACGGGUACUCUUCAAUUGUGGCUCUGUUCACGUCCAGCAUGGGACAGGAUAUGCUGAACAAGAUGACAAAAUCUAAGAAGGAUAAAGGGAAGAAAGGAAGGAGGAAGGAGACGGAAAGUGAGGACGAGAGCGAAGAGGAGAAGCCAAGACGGAAGAGCAAGAAAUAUAAAGAAAAAUUACCCAAGGAUAAAGGAACUGUUGUGCCAGUGUCAAAGUUCAACCCAGAGAAUGAUGCGGAGAAACUCAGGAAAGCUAUGAAAGGUCUAGGUACUGAUGAGCAAGCGAUCAUAGAUGUUCUCGCCAACCGAUCAAACGACCAACGGCAAAAGAUUGCCAGACAGUUCAAACAAAUGUUUGGAAAGGAUUUAUUGAAAGAACUCAAGAGCGAGUUGAGUGGUAAACUCCUAGAUGUUGUACAAGGACUGAUGAUGACCCCUGCUCAGUACGAUGCUUAUCAACUCAACAAGGCAGUCAAGGGUUUGGGAACCAAUGAGGAGAUACUGAUUGAAAUUCUGUGUACAAGAACAAACGGCUCAAUAGAAGCAAUAAAGACAGUGUAUGAAGAUGCAUAUGGAGAAGAGUUGGAAGAGGCCAUUGCUGAUGAUACGUCCGGUCACUUUGAACGGCUCCUUGUGUCCGUGCUCCAGGGAUCCAGGCCAGAGGGAGACGAGGUGGAUCCUGAUAAAGCUAAAGCUGAUGCAGAGGCCCUAUACAAGGCUGGGGAAGCUAAGUGGGGUACAGAUGAGUCUCGCUUCAACGUGAUUAUGAUGUCGAGGAGCUACGCCCAGCUGAGGGCGACAUUCGAGGAGUAUGGGAAGCUCGGCAAGCAUGACAUCGAGCAAUCCAUCAAGAGAGAGAUGUCUGGAGAUCUGAAAGAUGCUAUGUUAACAGUCGUGAGAUGUGUCCGUAACAAACACAAAUACUUCUCAGACAAGCUCUAUAAGACCAUGAAGGGUGCUGGUACAGAUGACGACACUCUGAAGAGGAUUGUAAUCUCCCGUGCUGAGGUCGACAUGUUGAACAUAAAAGGAGAGUUCCAGUCGGCUUACCAACAAUCCUUGGGACAAUUUAUUGCAGAUGAUACAUCAGGAGAUUACAAGAAAAUUCUACUGGCCCUGGUCGGGGGUACCAACUAAGACGGUGUGAACACAUUCGGGUAGCAACUAAGAUAGUGUGAACACAUAAGGGGGUAGCAACUAAGACAUAGUGUGAAUACAUUAGGGGAUACCAACUAAGACAUAGUGUGAAUAUGUAAGGGGAUAUCAACUAAGACACAGUGUGAACAUGUAAGGGGAUAUUAACUAAGACAUAGUGUGAACACGUAAGUAUUGGAUCAGUCAUCACAAUGAGGUAUGUAUGCCCAUGUUGAGAGUCAAAGACCCAAAUAAUUUCCAUCCUUAUCAAGAGUUUUAACCAAAUUUAAUUAGAAUGGAGCAUUUCUUCAAUCAUUCAUAAAACUCCUCAGACGAGGGCAUCGUCUUACAUUGCACCUUGAUUCAUUUCCAGCAUUGCCUUGCUUCCCUCUAAAUAAUAUCUUUUCUUAUUAUAAAUUAUUUGGCAAGUUCAAGGAUGAAGCCUUUUUUUAAAUAGGGCAUAAACUCUCUAUUCUCAAGUUAUAAUUGGCUGUCUCUGACACAGCCUCAAAUGUCGGUCGACCUGAUCAGUAGAUAAGGAAGGUCUCUGCCCCCUUUUAGUCAAAAACAUGAUUUAGUUUGAGGAAAAUAGAUAAAUAUCGGUCUGGAUUCCCAGUUUUGAUGCCACCCGACGGCUCUCAUGCAGCGAUUGGUCGUAUCGGUUACCGAACCCUUUGAAGAUCUACAGGUAUCGAUGACGCACCCUUGGGAAUAGUGAGAAGAGGAGUUUUCUUGCACUUGACCUUGUGUAAACAAACAUGUCUCUUGUAGAGGUCGUGGAAUGUGACCUUUGACCCGCUCAUCUUCUUGGUUGUCAGAUUGUCAGAGGCCUGAGGGGCAGGAAGGGGGGGUGAGGUAAAGAUGUUGAGAUUGAAGAGUGAUGGGGGGGGGGUUAAUAAUAAUGAUGAGAAUACAAAUGGAUAUAUGAAGGAUAUUAUUGUUAUGUACAUCAUUCUGAAAGAUAUUUAAUAGAUAAAAAAUUAACUAAGAUAUUGGAUUUGAAAGGAGGCACACAGAGAGGGAGAGAGAGAAAGAGAAGGGAGGGAAAGUGAGGGGGGUAAAGAAAUGGGAAGGGGAAGAGGGAGGGAAUGAGGAAUUUGGGGUAAAGAAAUAAGAGAUAAAGUCGUAGAAAAAUGAAGGAAAGAGAAAAAACGGAUGAAAAAUAAAUGGAAUAUUUUUAUUUUAUUUUGAGGGGGGGGGGGCUCAUUCAAGUUGAGUGUCAUGUGAAUAAUUGAUUAACUCCACCUCCUUCAGCUAUAUCAUCACUUGUUAAAAUCAUUUCUUGUUGAAGAAUCAGUAUUUAAAAAAAAAAUCUCGGACCCUCCCACUUUUUUUGGGGAGGGGGGCUCCCCUUUAUAUGCUCACAUUAUCUAAAAGAAAACAAAAUGAAUAAAAAGUCACUUUAAUAAACAAUGGGAUUGCUUUAUAAAUUUAUCACCUAUAUCCCUUUUCCCGAGGGGAUUUUAUAAGUGCUCUUGGUGAUACUUACAAACCUUUUUCCAUGUCAAAGUUCAAAGGUCGCGCUGAUGUUAAUCAUGUUGCAAGUUGGAUGAGAUGUUUCAGAUACAUUCUCAAAUUUCUUUCUUUAUCUCCAGCAUCUAUGUUUGUAGAUUUAUACUUUGUUCUGAAGAUGGGUAUACAUUUACCACAUUGCAAUGUAGUGUAUGGUAUCAAAAUGUCUUACAGAGUUUUAUGGUAGUCUUGUAUGUCUCAUAUAUAUCUUUUAAAUGUUUAGAAAUUUAUUCAAAGUCAGCGUUUGUGACUCAAACAUUUCUCCCUUUUUGACGUCUUAAGAAUUUUGUUUGAAGUCUACUUGUGUGACUUGAAUAUUUCUUGCUUUUUAAUGUCAGUCUAGAAUAAUGAUGAUUGUAAUCUAUACAAUACAAAUUCAGGUAUAAUCUGUGGCAAUUUAUUUUAACUUUCUGGAAUCAAAAAGUUUUAUCUGUACUUCUGUAAUAUACAUUUAUUCCAUUAUACAAAAUUGAAUUUUAUUCUCAGAUUUCUUGUAUUCAACAAUCUUAGGCCUAGCAAUUAUUCUUAGUAUGCAAAUUUUUAUUGUAAAUGUGAUGUGUAUGAUAAUUAUGAAUAUAUGACUCUACUUUAUUAAUAGCUUAUAUAUCAUAAAUGUAUCUAUGUCUAUCAUGCAUUAUGUAAUACGGUAUUUAAAUAUGUUUAAUAUUCAUGCAAACAUGACAAUGAUACACACGUAUAUAUUGGUAACUUUCCUUUGGUGGUAAAUGAAUGCAUUCUUGGCAGGAAGUGUCAAUGAUAUAUUAUAUAUCUAGUUCUUUGGAUAACCUUAUGCUCUGUACUUCAAUUCAGAUUAUCAGUGUUGUAUAUGCUAUUUGUUGAAGAUUAAAUGUUGUAAAUACGGAAUAUGGUAUCAAAUGUACUUGUACAUGUAUGUCUAGAACAAUUGAUAAGGGUAUAUUUGUAGUAGACAAAGAGUUUUUAUGUAUAUAAUUGUUACUUAUAAAGGUUGAUUCAUUAAUACAAACAUACUAGAACAACUUUAUAUAUAGAUUGGAUAUACAUGGAUAUUAUCUAAGGAAGUAAUAAUAUUGUCUGAGGAAAUGUAGGGAAGAAUACAAAAAAAUUCUGAGGGAGAAAAAAAAAUACUGGUAAUUCUUAAAAUUCAAAUUAAAAUUAUUGAUAGUGUAUUUUUUCCAUUCCAAGUUUUGAAUAUCAAAGAACAGGUAAUAACCAAGAAACAAUGUAAUUAAAAGUUGAUGUUUAGUUAUAAGUGAUAUUGCAAAGGAAUUCUGUUUUAAAGAAUUAACUGAAAUAAAGGUUUAUGCAUUUCCCUGAAGUGAAAAGUGAUACGUAAUUUUGUGGUUUGUAUAAAGUCUCCAGUAAAAUCAAAUUUACUCAUGUAUUUAAUUAUUGUUAUUAAUGCUUAUGAGUUAAGGCAUUGUAUAUUGAUAUUACUUUUUCAAAAUAUUGAACAUUCUUGAUGACUUUUUUAAGAUUAUAAAUUGUCAUAAAUUUUGAGUCAGAAAUUCAUCUCAAAUUUGUAAUUUACCUCAAGAGAGACACCUUGAUUUUGAUGAAAAGUAUUGAAUCAUUAAUGAUACUUGAUGUUUAUAAGUGAUCUUACUAAUAGGCCUAGGUUUGUGUAUAUUAUGUGGAUUGUCAGUAGAGGAUGAAAAUAUUGAAUUCUACAUUAUAUUAUGUCUAAUUGAGGUAUAUUUAUUCAUAUUAUGCCGGUAUGACAUUGUAUUUGUAUUCAGGGCCCAGGUUUCAUGAAAACGGCAUCAGUUUAGCUUCUAAGACAAUCCCUUGAAAUGUGUAUUAUACUCAUAUGGUCUAUAUCUCACAUAUCUCCAUGGGAUGUCCAUGAACUUAGACUUAUAUAUGGUCUUGUGAAACCGACCCCAGACUCUGUUAGGUGUAUGUGUAUUUCUAUAAUGUGAAGCAAUGUAUACAAGUCUUUCACCUUGAUAAAUAUUUAAUAUUCGAAUCAUGUGUAAGUAGUGUGUAAAUAUUUCAAUAUGGGUAUCAAAUCAUUCUGUAUUUCUUGCUUUAAAGAAAAGUACUUAGUUUUUUAUAAAAAUACAACUAGCACACCUUAGCUCUGGCUUUGGCUACAGAGUUCAUUGAUCACUAGUGGAUUUUAUCUGUCAAGCCCACUGUUUGGUGAAUGCGCACAUGUGGAUCAUUGUGGCCCAGUGGAUUAGUCUUAUGACUUUGAAACAGAUGGUCGUGGGUUCGAAUCCCAGCCAUGGUGUAAUUGCCUUCCGCAAGAAAUUAUCCACAUUGUGCUGCACUCGACCCAGGUGAGAUGGAUGGGUACCUGGCAGGAAUUUAUUCCUUGAAAUGCCACCACGCUGUAAAAGGCUGCGGGGCUAAAGCCGGGGUAAUAAUAUCCAAGUCCUUUGAAAGCGCAUAUGGACGUUAUAUCAUAAUGUGAUCUGAGCUAUACAAGAACUGUGUUAUUAUUAUAAUUGAAAUUGUUGUAGCAUUUGUAUUUUGAUGUACAGUAUUUAUACGUUUAGCAGACUAGCUUCUAAAAGCACUGUGGUAGAUUCUAGAUUAUAACUAUAGUUAGUCAACAUACUUGUAUUUCUUCUGAAGAAUUUCUUCGGAUUUUAGUUGUUGCCAAAUAUAUUAGUUUCUGGGUGAAAAAGCAUUCUAAAAAUGUAUCAAGGAGAAAAUAUUUAAUAUUUACAUUAGGCAUAAUACAUGUAUGUUGUUCACUACAAAGUUAAUGGAUGUUAUAAGUGGAUGUAGGUGAAAGGUGGGGGGGGGGGGGGUCGCCCUUUCAUAAGUUGAAUGGUUUUAUGUAAGUAUACUACCUUUUUCUUUUUAGUAUGUCCUUGUGUGUAUGUUCAAAUUGAAAUGAAUCGUGUAGUAUGAUCCUAAAUGUACAGAAAGAUUAUAGAGAGUCCAUGUGUAUGUAAAAAUAGAAAUAAAUACUCCUAUUCAGGAAAAAGUAGAAGUAA